UGGAGCGGUGGUGGUGUUGGGCUGGGCAGUUUUGGAAAAGCUGCUCGCAAAUUAAAUUUCACGACGUUGCACGACGGCAACCAGCCUGCGAAAAUCGCUGGAAGCUCAGCGUACCGACUAUGUGAGCCGAACCCGGCUGUGGAAGUCACAUUCACGGAGAGCGCGAAAAAUGGAGAUAUUCUUCCCCAAAGUCGUCAAUUAUGUCUGCACUUGCGGUGCGAGGAAACCCUUGGACGUUCUAUUUUACUGCAAGCAUUGUUUCAAGCUGAGAUGCGGCGAAUGCGUCUCUCAUGAGGUCGAUACCCACUACUGCCCGAAUUGUUUGGAGUUCAUGACAUCUCCCGAAGCGCGUGUUAAGAAGAACGUGUGCACGACCUGUUUCGAGUGCCCGUGCUGCGGUAUCGCGCUGUACAGCCGGGGAACCAGCAAACAGGUUCCGUCCGAGAAGGAUCCGAGCAAUAUGGUGGUGAACAAAGCUUAUUAUCUCAUGUGCAACUCCUGCAAGUGGUCCACCCAUGAUCAGUCUUUGGAGGACCAACCUACGCAGUCCGGCGGAUGGCCGCGAUUGGAAGCUCCGAAUCAAGAUCGUGUCCAUCAAUUAUGCGAGUAUUAUCGGAUCGUAGCACACCAGGAAAAAGUUGAGAAAGACAAGAAACGAAUAACUCAGAAAUGUGGCUACUACAUCAGCGAUAAAUACGGAGUAGCUAGCGUGGCCGCUAAAAAGUACAUGAGUCUGCAAGUGACGCCGAGAAAGGAGUCCCAGAAAGUGGCGGCGGAAUGUUUCGCGUCGAAAGCGAGCGAGGUCGUGGAUGACCUACCUAGCGAUUUCCUAGAGGAACUGAAUAUCGACGAAGUUACGAACAUACGGAUGCGCUUGAGUAAUCCCGACAUUCAACCAGAGAAAAUGAGCAUGCUGAAAAUGAGGAACCUCAAGUUGCUCACCAAGAAGUCUCAAAGAUGUAAGGAGUGCGGUCACUCUCUUCGCAAGUCCGAAUACAACCCUGGAUCGGUGAAGUUCAAGAUCCAGCUGUCAGCCUACUACCACAUCCCAUACGUUCGGGUGAAGCAGGUUCCCAACCUGAUUGCGGGACGAGAGGUUACCAUAGAGCUGACUCUGACCAAUCCGACGUCGCACGAAGUUGCGGUUGAGCUCUUGCCGAUGGAAGAGGCCAAUACGCCUUCCGGCUCGGGACUCCUCUUCCCAGAAGUAACGUGCUCCCCACAACUACCAAAAGGAACCCUCUACCUGCCUGCGAAGGAUGAUACUGCCGAAUACGAUGAUCCGGCAGACAAGAUGGAUGACAGGAACGAUAAAAGCGUCGUGACUUUCAAGCGUCUGAAUAAGCUCGGGAUCAAAAUGCAAAUUACUCCGAAACAAGCUGAAAACGUUGCGAUUGGCCUCCGGCUGAAGCACACCUACACAAAUCUGAUCAUACAAGGUGAUAAGCGAGAAUACGAAGUUUUGUCCCUCAUUCAUCCCGUACUUCUGAACCUCAGCCACUUCGCCAAGAACUCGAUCAGUGCUUGAUCGAGAAUGUAUAGCGUGACGUUUCCGAAUAUUAUUUAAUGAGCAAAUAUUUAUUUAUAAAUGUUCAUGGAACU